CUCAGCUUUGCUUAUAAACAUCCGACUGGCUAGAAGUAAACACUGAUUAUUGUUAUUAAAAUUUAAUAUUUCGUCAGCUUUGUUUGGUGGAGUGCCUAAGUUUCCGAAAAUAAAUGUACCAAUAAAAUUCAAAUAACAUAAUGGAGAACGAAUCUGAUCUCCAGUCACCCAUGUGCCGCCUAUGCCUUCGAGUUUACAGCAAUGAGCAGCUGGUGGAAAUAUUCAGCAAUGGAUCUGCGGAUGAGCAAACAAUAUUCGCAGCCGUUUCUAUUCAGCCCCUUCGAGAAGACCCAACCACACGUAUUUGCGUGCAUUGCCGGCAUAUUGUUUCGCUGAUCAACACCUUCAAAAUAGCUUGUUUGCAGAGUGAAGUUCUUCUGAAAAAUAGUUCGUACGAACUCGAAUCAGACGCAUGGUCAAUUUUGAAUGAAGUUGACAUUUUUCAAAAGGCAGCCGAAUUGGUUGAACGACAUCAGCAGGAUAUAGACGCAGUUUCCAGGAAGUAUGAUUUUGACGAAGAUGUCGUAUAUGAUCCAGAAACAAGCCCUUCCCAACUGUUGCCGGAAAACGUAGCCUUAAUUGAUGACCAUGUCGAAGAAUUUAUUAAAGAAGAGUUUGUGGCCGAAGAUCAGGUUAUUGAAAUUCAAUAUACAGAUAGUAAUGGCGAGCCUUGUCUGGAUGUCGUACAAUAUCGUAAUUCAGACUCCAUGACGUUUGAUAACCAAGUAAAGGAUGAAAUAGAAAUGGAAAGCGAGAGCUUUGAUUGCAUUACGACUAACGAUGACACCGGUAGCAAGAUCCUGGCACCUAGAAGACGAAGAGGAAGAGCAAAAUCCGAUAGCGAGAGAGAUAAUCGAGAGAAAGUGGUUUGCGUGACCUGCGGUGAGUUAGUAUCCCAGCAAGGGUUAGAGGGACACCUGAAUCGCCAUUUGGGUGUGCAACCUUUUGCAUGUGAUGUUGAAGGUUGCGAAGCUAAGUUGCAUUCGAAGUUUGCCCUACAACAGCAUCGCAGCCGUCACAAAUCUACAAGCCGAUUUUACGACUGCGAAGUAUGCGGUAAACGCAUCAAAGGGACUGCCUACUGGCUAAUACAUCGGAAGAUACACACUGAAGAGCCACGGUUUUCCUGCGACAUUUGCGGGAAGAAGUUCAGACGAAAAUGCAAACUAAAAGUCCACUCCACGGUGCACUCCGGUAUUGCCGAGUAUCCAUGUGAAAUAUGUCUCAAAUUUUUCACCGUUAAACACAAUCUUACGGCCCACUACAGGCUUCACAUGAAGAAUGGUACCUAUCCACCUGGAUUUGAGCCCUCGACUACGUUGGAAGAUGCGAAACCUAAAGAAGAAUCGAGCUAAACAUCGUUUGCAAACAAUAAUAAAUUUAAGCUAAGAGUUUCACAAAUUGU